AUGGGAGACGGCUCGUACAAUGCCUCGGACCUGAACUCAGUCCUCAGCACCUUGUCUAGUCUAGCUUCCCAGGGCCAGGGCAGCUCUAACCAGCAUAUACCAACACCUAGCAAUCCGCCAAAAACCACACCGUCUCAAUCAAAGCCCUCGGAGGAUCCACGACCGCCGCAGCCAAAGAUAACGAGACCGCCCACCACUUCUACCUCUGCACCUGACUCGUCAACUAUCACAACUUGGCCUGCAGCACUAAGACAUGUGAUGCACACAGUGGGUCAAAACGAAGAGACUCAAGCGCGCAUCCGCGGUGUGAUCCGAAGUCAACACCGUCAUGAACAACAAUGGUUCAACGCCCGUGAGCAAUUAUUGAAGCAGCAGCAGGGUCGCCCUGAGAAACAGAGGGAGCUAGAUGCAGUCCUGAGGUCGAUUGGUGCCCCUGUAAAAGAGGAAGAUGGCUCGACUGAAAAGGAGUUUGCCGCAGAGAUUGCAACCUACGAUGCAAAGGUUCAUAGGGCAGCCGUGCAAAUGGCAGAUGCUAUCAUUGCCGAAUUGCGCGGUCUGGGUAUUCCAUUCUUUACGCUUCGGAAGGAGUUGGUUCAAGAUACCCCGUCCAACAUAGAAGUCUCACAGCCACGGAGCCAGACCGAGUCCACUGGAACCACCUCAUCGCCAAUUGCCAAGUCUGAGCUUGUGAAGUUGCAGCAACGCAUGUUAGAAUUGCUGGAGGAUCUGUGUAGAUAG